AAUGAAAUUGAGAAUAAUAUUUAUAAUGAAAUUAGAGAUAUGGAAAAUGCUAAUUAUAAUGAAAUUGGGGAUGUUAAUUAUAAUGAACUUGAAGGUUCUAAUUAUAAUAAUAUCGAAGAUAUUGAUUAUAAUGAUAUUGAAGAUAUUGACUAUAAUGAUAUUAAAAAUACCAAUUAUAAUAAUAUUGAAGAUACUGAUUAUAGUGAUAUUGAAGAUACCAGUAAUAAUAAAAUUAAUAAAAUUUAUUCAAUAACAGAAAAUUUAAGAGUAAAAGAAAUCCAACAUACAAUUUUUCCUAUGAAAUAUCCACCUACAUCUUCUGAAGGUAUUGCUAUUUGUUAUAAUAUAGAAAAUUGGGAAUUAUAUGAGGCUGCAUUUGAAAAU